UUCAGAGGUCGCAGGCAUCACCUUUGCUGUUGCACAAUCACCUUUGAAGCACUAUCACUUCGCAAGCAGCCCACACGUCUCUAUCACCCCUUGACCGAAUCUUCACCCAUUUCUCGCGCGAAUUCAGGCCGUUGACAGCUCCUCCGUCAUGAACCGACUCUUUGGGGCGAAGAACACAGCCCCCAAACCAUCUCUCAACGAUGCCAUAGGAAAGGUCGACACACGGAUCGAGUCUAUCGAUGUCAAACUGGCCCGACUGAACGCUGAACUCGGCACCUAUCAAAAGCGACUAAGCACGAUGCGCGAUGGCCCCGGCAAGAACGCGAUCAAACAGAAGGCGAUCAAGAUUCUCCAGCAACGUAAGAUGUACGAGUCACAAAAGGAUCAGUUGCAACAGCAGAGUUGGAACAUGGAACAGGCCGGAAUGAUGCAGGACAAUCUGAAGAAUACCAUGGCCACGGUGGAUGCGAUGAAGACAACGCAGAAGGAGCUCAAGAAGCAAUAUGGCAAGAUCAAUAUUGACAAGAUCGAGAAGUUGCAAGACGAGAUGGCAGAUCUCAUGGAUAUGGGAAAUGACAUUCAGGAGAGUAUCAGCCGGAGCUACGACGUGCCGGAGGAUGUGGACGAGGCCGAGCUGGACGCGGAAUUAGAGGCUCUCGGGGAAGAUGUGGAAUUCGGAGAGACGUACGGCGAGAGCGAGAUGCCAGGUUUCUUGACCGAGAGUGCACCGCCCACUUUCAUCGAUGAGGCGCCGGAGCAAAAGGAAAAGCAAGCGGCCACAUGAGCUUGAUAGAAUGCUGGACAAAGACGCGAAUCGCGACACUGGCCUCUCACCUUCUGCAACGCGAUUCGUUAUAGAGGUCGUACCUCUGCCGAUCAAAUGUCUGGCUGGCAUCUGCCGCUGUGCUCCUGCUAGUCGCAAAAGCUCAUUGAUUCGGGACCCGGACAGACUUUACCUUGAGCUCAUCAGAACAACAUCUGGCCGAAAAACGAUCAGGAUUCUGUCGUCAUUGCUUGCGGCGUGAGAGACUGCAAGGCCUUGCCUCACUCUUGAUCCGCAGCUGGAACUUGAGGCCAAGACGUGGCGCCAAAUCAUGAAUACCAGAAGCUUCUGAUAUCGUGGCACAGUCUCUGCGCAAGGCUGCCUGCAUAGCGGCGUAGGCCCGCCUGAAAUAUCCGUGGCACCAAAUAAAAGUCG